UUUCUGGAUUUUAUAUGAUUUUAAUUUAAACCUCUACGCUUUUUCUACCCUAAUCUGGCUGCGAUAGUCCGCGGGCCUCGCCGUCAUGGAGCGCCAGAGAGCGGAGAUGUUGAUAAAGAUCGCCAGGGCCCGUCUACUGUGUGGCAGAUCCGGAGAGGCUCUGAACUACCUCUAUCAGGCCCAGAGUCUGUACCCGACGCGCACCGCCGCCGAACUGAUCCACUCCAUCCGAGGAAUCUGGUCUGAAGCUGGGGGAGCCUACUUCGAACAGACGAGCUGCCAUUUUGAGACGAGCGGUUGUUGGGGAAACCAUAACCAUCACGAAGGCUUUGGGAGACAGCCAUGGGAGGAAGACGAAGAGGAGGAAGAGGAGGAGGAGGAAGAGGAGGAAAGGGUGACCAGUAGGUUAGAUGACGCUGAGGACUACUACGCCGUGCUUGGCGUGAGGCGGGACGCCAGCGAGGAGACCCUUCGGAAAGCGUACCGUAAGCUGGCCCUGCGCUACCACCCUGACAAAAAUAGCUCCCCCGGAGCUACAGAAGCUUUCAAGGUGAUUGGAAAAGCUUUUGCCAUCUUGAGUGACCCAGCCAAGAGGAAGCUUUAUGAUGACGCACAAGGAAGAACGCGUGUGACCUUAGAGCCAGACCUGUCCACCGAGGAUAUCUUCGACCUGUUUUUCCAGGGUAAUUUUCCGCCGCGGGGGGCCUACGCCUUUUCCGAGACCUACCGUCGACCUCCGAGGCCUACGAGGGAUGCCAGAUGGGCAAGCUGGAGGGCGCAUGAAGAGAGACCAGAUAGUGGGCGGCCAAAGAGGCAUGAAGAAGAGAGAAUGAACGAUGGAAGGAGAGAAAGGAGAUGGAGAGAGGAGGGACAAGAUGGAGAUAGAAGGCCAAGGUGGUGGGAGAGAGAGGACAAACAGGACACCGGGCAGCACGGGCGGAGGAAAGAGGAAAAACAAGACAGUGAACGACCCAAGGCCCAGGAGGAGAAGAGAAGAGACGGUGGGAAGGCAAGGCCAAAAUGGUGGGAUAUGAAGGGACAGACCGGAAGAAGGUCACGAUUGCGCGAGGAGUUGGCCAAAAAUGAGGCGAGGAGGACUAGACGCCAGGAGGAGGAAGAAGAUAAACGCCCAAAGACAGCUUAUUCUGCGUUCAUCCAGGUCCUGCCCGUGCUGAUCCUGGUGGUGGUAUCGGUGGUGGCUCAGUUAACGGCCACCACUCCGACCUACAGUCUCCACCAGAGGCCCUCCUCCGGCCUUACAGUCGCCCGGGAAACGCGCAGCCUCGGCGUCCCUUACUUUGUCGCGCAGGAUUUUAAGUCUCGCUACCGGGGUGAGGCCCUGGCGGAGCUGGAGAGAGCCGUGGAAAAGGAGUACGCCGAGCACAUCCAAGCCGGGUGCUGGAAGGAGAAGCAGCAGAAGUCCGACCUCACCAACUUGGCCCGGCUGUACCGAGACGAGAGGCUACGGGAGAAGGCCGAGAGCCUAAAGAUGGAAAACUGCCAGAAACUUUCCGACCUCAUAGGUUCACGGAGAGGAGGAUGACUCCUACCAGAGCGUGGAGGGGCAGGAGAAAUAACCCCCUGCACCCCCCAUGUGUGUGUGGGGGGGGACUGAUAAAACCUGAGGGUUAUUUCUAUGGACUCUAAAAACCCCCCAACCCUAGGAUUUGUAUUCUUUCUAUAACUGACGCCAUCGCUCCGUGCAUGUUUACAAAAAACCCUCCCUCCGUGGAUCCUCUGCGGACCAAGUUCUUCAAGUGGACUUUAUCAUUGACAUUACUGUUAAAAAAACCCCUUAAAUUAUUGUUUUCCCGCCCAAAACGGACAGCUGUAUUACGCCCCUUUUAUGGCGCGCCGGAUGUGAUUUAUAAAAACGUGGAAAACGGCCA